GUCAGUUCAUUAAGUGCGAGUCUGACAAGCUUCCUUAGAAACUAGAGCUGCCUGCUGUUUUAGGUUGUAAAGUGACAAACGUUUAAAAUGCCAGCCCAUGCCAAAGUGUUUAUUCAUUAUGGCCCUUACGAGGCCUGUGGGAUAGUUGACCACAAAGAAUCUAGACUGGAAGGUCUACGUACUGUAUUGAGAAAUGAUGGACACAGCAGUGAAAUGGUCCAGAUAGAUGACCGCAACACAGUGAACAUUUUUGUAAAUGGAGAACAAGUUUACAAAUGUGACAUCCGAGAUUUGGACUAUGGUGGAGAUGGAGGAUUGGAUGUCUUGUGCAAGGAGGCCCUAGCAGCUGUUAGAAGGGCUUUCUGAACCCCAUACAUCACACAGGGGUGGAGGCUGGGAGCUGGAGCAGCCUGAAAAGAGGGGGGCGGGGGUCG